UGCUAAUCGUCACCAGCGCAAACGUUUCGACGGGCGGUAUCGAUGGACGACAUGGCCACCGGUUACUACCACUCACCCCCGGACGCCGCUCACAACCCCUACCACCCUCCGCCGCCGAUCCACGCGGCGGGGCCUCCUGGAGCUCCUCCGCCGCCGCACAAUCACCCGAUGCUGCCGCACCAGCACCACCUUCACCCGCCGUACCCCGCCCACCAGCCGCCACUUUACGGCACCACCUACGACACGCCCACCGACCAGUACUCGCGCGACGAGGUCCGGACCUUAUUCAUCGCCGGGUUCCCCGACGACGUGAAGCCCCGCGAGAUCUAUAACCUCUUUCGCGAGUUUCCUGGGUACCAGUCCGCCCAGCUCAGGAGCUCCGGUCAGUCCUCUCAGGCAUAUGCAUUUGCUGUCUUUACUGAUCAACAAUCAGCUCUUGCUGCAAUGCAUGCUCUAAAUGGACUGAUGUUUGACCUUGAGAGGGAGUCAACUCUAUACAUUGACCUUGCAAAGUCUAACUCCAGGUCAAAACGUUCAAGAACAGAUGAUGGUGUACCUUAUUCUUCUGAUAAACGAGUUAGAGGAUCUGGUGCAUAUUUAAGAGGCUUUCCUGAUUCUGCAGGUUCUGGAAGCAACAUUCACAUGUCUGGAAUGGUUAAUUCUGCUUACAGCUUGAGUGGUUAUCCCUCUACACAAAGCCAGACAAAUUUUGGUUAUGAAGCAGACCUUAAUAAGUUGAAUAAUUCAUCAACUUAUGCUCCUCAAAGUAACCCCCCAUGUCCAACGCUUUUUGUGGCAAAUCUGGGUCCCAACUGUUCUGAGCAAGAGUUGGCUCAAGUUUUUUCAAGAUGUCCUGGGUUUAUAAAACUGAAAAUGCAAAACAAGAACGGACUUCCUGUUGCAUUUGUUGAUUUCCAGGAUGCCAAUAGUUCCACUGGAGCCCUAAAUCAUUUGCAGGGAACCAUCUUGUAUUCAUCAGUUGGGGAGGGCAUGCGCUUGGAGUAUGCAAAAUCACGAAUGGGUCUCCGAAAACGUGAAAAGAGGACAUAGUUUCCAUUUAAAUUUGGAAAAGCUUUAGAAGAUUCUGCGUCCCUUUUUAUUCAUGUAAGUUUAUGUUUCAUCUAGAUUCAAGUUUUGCACUCGGAAGAUCUGAUUGCAUUGUUGAUGAAUUUGUGACUUUCUAGCACAAAUUAGCUGUUGAAUCUACUAUUAUCAGCAACAUCAACUUACAGGCACUGCUCAAGCAUAACUAGAGCGAAUCAAUGUGGUUAGAACUAUCUAGCUCUUCUUCUUCCGGGGGAUUGUCUAUAGUGUCCUGGUGUUUGUUGUCAUACUGUUUUCACCAAAGAUGAACAUAUGAAUCAUUUUUGACUUGUUUUGUGA